CGAGCUUUAGUUCACUCGCAGACGUCGAACGCAACGCACGCACGGAGGUAGCGAAACGUUUCGGUGGUCCGUAUCGUGUCUACGCCACUCGGUAGUUUGAUUAUUGAACGAUUUUGAUUGUGAUUUUCGCACCAGGCGACGAGCCUCCUUGUUUUGGGGCAGGAUUAUAAAGUGCAUUAGAAGAUUUUUUUUCAUUUGGGGAAGAAGUGGAAGAACAUUCUGGGUGGUUGUUAGAAGUUACGAGCGUGCAAUAUCCAGCUGUUGUAGUGUGAAAAGAGAUUGCUUAUCGGCUCAACUCUAGCGUGAAGUGACUUGUUGAACGUGGAGAUUUCUCGGUUCAUGGUGUGAGAGUAUUGCAUGCUGAAAUGCAUUACUGGUUGUUUGAAUUGUGAUAUCGGAAUUGGAUUCCAGUGAAAGGAUUUCGGAAAACGUUAGUGAAGGUGGUCGUUCGGAGACUGUCAGCUCUGCUAAGGGCACUAGAGGGAAUUUAAGUGGAUGAUUGCACAACCAAUAUUUGAAGAGCAAAUUGUGGCGAAAACAAUAUUUGCAUAAUCUCUCUAAAAGGUGAAGAAAACAAAAUUAUAAAUUAAUGUCUGGUUAAUGGGCGAAGCGUUCAAUUGGAAGUGUACGAGCUGCUCGUUGCAACAACGACCAGGAAAGGAAGCUGGUAGCCCGAGCUGUUGUAAAUGCUAAUUGCAAAUAUAUCUGUGGCCUCUACGACGGCGGUGGUAACUGCGUUGGCCUCUGGCUGUUGAAUGUGUUUCUGAGCGCAAAUAUGUGGUCUCCGGUUCGGUAAAUACUGCGUAUUGAAACAAAACGGUUGCCCUCGGUUGCAGUUCCGUUUGUUAAGUGGCAGCGAGAGAGAUCAAUAACAGCUUUGCUGCAACUCCUUAAAAGGGUGGCUUCCCUCUCAUCUGCAAUCUCUGGACGGAUCGGGGGUUGAGGAGAAAACCUUGAAGAAACCGAUUAUCAUAUCGGACGGGAGGUGAAAAAAUAGCAUUCGUCAAACGGGUUGGGUGUGUUCACUGCAGUAGCGGCAAUCAAUCCCAAGUGGAAACGGGAGAAGAAGACUAGAAAACAUAAAGCAAGAAGAAACAGCGGAGAAGGCGAGAAACAUUCCAUUGUGGUUGGGAUUUGGUGAGGUAUGACUUCGUCUAUCUUCCUCACAAUGGCCGGCUGGACUAGUGACAAGUUUCGACUGAGCUGCCUGGAGAAUCAGGGCCUGAAGCGGACCUUGCUCAAGAUGCUCAUACUGGACAAUGGAAAUAGCAAAAAUGGCAACAUCGAAACCGAUAGAACAGCCACCGAGUACCUGGUCGAACAAGGAGCGCCCAACAACAAGUCGCUGCUCAGCUUUUUUGCAAUCAAUGCUCUUGAGCUGAGUGCCCCCGCUAGUCCCGUCCUCCUGGAGCACAACGCGCCUGCGAUUCCCUCCGGCUGGCUGCAGCUCUCGGGUCACCCCAAGAGCAUUGCCCCCGCAGCCCAUGGAAGCGUUCGAAAGCGCAUAUCCGAUCCCGACGAUGCCGAAGUCGCCGCCUAUCGUAAGCUAUCGGUGGAUUCCCACGCCUCCAAAGUGGUGCCCAAGUUCCUCGGUGUACACCAGCUCAAUGGCGAGCACUUCAUCGAACUGCAGGAUCUCCUCAAUGGCUUUCACGACCCAAACGUUAUGGACAUCAAGAUCGGCUUCCGAACGUUCUCGGAAAACGAAGUCUCCAACACCACCCUGCGCGAGGAUCUCUACAGCAAGAUGGUGGCCAUCGAUCCCAGUGCUCCCACGGCCGAAGAGCACCAGCAAAAGGCCAUCACCAAGCUGCGGUACAUGCUGUUCCGGGAGAACAUGUCCUCGUCGAGCGAGAAAGGUUUCCGGAUAGAGGCCCUCAAGAUGCGCGGUUCCUCGCCGGUCACCGACAUGAAGAAGGUCAAAACCGGACAGGAAAUCCAGGCGACCAUCUCGAACUUCGUCAACGGACGCAAAAGCGUCGUCAAAGACAUGACCAAAAGACUGAAACAGAUGCGGACGCUGAUCGAGAAGUCCGAGUUCUUCCAGCGCCAUCAGGUGGUCGGUAGUAGUAUCUUCAUCGUGUACGACGAUCACAAAGUAGGCGUGUGGUUGAUCGAUUUUGCCAAAUCGCUGCCCCUGCCCGAAGGCGUUCGCGUCGAUCACCGAAGGCGGUGGACCGUGGGGAACUGCGAAGAAGGUCUCCUAUUUGGGGUUGACGAGCUGAUUCGGACCCUGGAAGAAGUGCAUCGAAGCUUGCAGCAGUCGCCGUAUCCUGCCAGUAAGCGCGGUCGUCGAUAGAAGGGAAACUUAAGACAGACACAAACACGUGGACCCGAGAGCUAGUCAUGUAAAUGCUAUUUGAAAAGAACACUACAAGCGAAAAGUAAACCAAGACUGAACCUAGUGGCCGUUGUUGCCAGUAAUAUUUUUUUUUCGUAGAUGCUAAUGCCAGUUAAUUAUAUUCAUAGGCUUUAAGCUAGGUAACACAAACUGAAACAAACAAAAAAUAUUGAGUCAGCGUUCAAAAUGCCCAAUAAGGUUCAAUACUUAAUCAAAGAGACUUGCAUGAAAAAGACAUGUUCUACUUAAAGCAAAGACAAUACUUAAACGCCAUCUUCUCCAGACCAAUUUUCCACAUUGGAAAAGGAACAACACCCAUAUUUGCCUUGAAACUUGUCACUGUAAAUUAUACUCUCCAUAGUUUAGUUGCAGCCUUCGGUAGGCGCCCAAAGUACAUUGAAUGUCGAAACUCCUCGAAAUGCUAUUGAACCUAGAUGUUUGUAUCUACCCUCACAAAAACCAGAAAGAACUACUGAAAGCCACAGCUUUAAGAAAUGCCGAGGAUUGUGAUUAAUUUCUUUGUACAGGUUGAAUGAGUUGCGCAAGUGAAGUAGGUUUUCUUGUUUUACAUCAUUCAACUUUUUAGAUAGGCAAAACCAACACUAUUUAUAAGUAUCAAUCAACACACAAAUGUUGUGAUCAAUAAAUAUGAAAAAUAAUCAAAA